AUGGAGAACAUCUUAGCAAGUUUACAAAUCGAAGAGGAAGAGGAGAGUGGAGAUAAAGAGUUGUGGGAGAUUGAAAUAGAAGAAAACUUAACGGAGCAGGCCAUUAAUUUUUGUUUAAUCGGUUGUUUCUUUACAACAACGACUAUCAAUUUCCAAUCUAUGCGCACGGUGAUGGCCAAUCUCUGGUACACUAUAAGAGGGGUUUCUAUUACUGACAUUGGUGAAAAAAGUAUUCUUUUUCGUUUCUUUUGUAAAGUGGACAGAGAUAGAGUGGUUAAAGGGUCACCAUGGACCUUCAACAAUCAUUUGUUCAUCAUCUUUAUGUUAAAAGUGGGGGAAGACACGCUGGAAGUGCCUCUCAAUAACGCCAAUUUCUGGGUUCAGAUCCCUGAUCUACCUUCAGGUCUGUAUUCAGAAAAUAUUGCAAGACAGUUUGGUGACUUUAUAGGUUCUUUCAUAAAGUAUGAUACAAAAGCCAUUACAGCAAGUCUACGAAAUAUUAUGAGAAUUAGAGUGCAAGUGGAUGUCCGAAAACCUUUGAAGAGACGGAAGCGAUUACUGGUUGCUAAAUCGAAAGAAUUUUGUGUCAGUUUUAAAUAUGAAAAGUUAACAACUUUCUAUUUCUUAUGUGGACGUCUAGGACAUGGAGAAAGCUUCUGUCCGAUUCGAAUGUAUCAUGGGAGUAAAGAUUUACCGAUGGAAUGGGAUAUUUCGUUAAGAGCUCUUCCUCGGUGA